AUGCCGAAACUGACACUCUAUCGAACAAAUGGCUCAUGCUCUCUCAUUUCUCACGCCAUUCUUCUUCACUAUAAAAUCCCAUUCACGACAAUCCGUCUUAAGCCAGGUCCGAAUGGUUACGAAGCCGCAGACGGGAGUUUCACCAACGCUGAAUACCGCGCCAUACAUCCAAGAGGCUAUGUCCCCGCCUUGGCCGUUGACAACGAAAUCAUCACUGAGAUGCCAGCUAUUUUAAGCUACAUAUCGUCUCUGAUCCCGAAAGAGAAUCUCAUGGGAAUUACGUCAUUCCAGAACGCCAAGGUUAUGGAGUGGUUGGUGUUUCUAUCAGGCACCCUGCAUGGUCUUGGGUAUGGAGCUUGGCUACGACCAGGAAGGUUUAGUGAUGAUUUAUCAGCUCAUGGUGGAAUUCGUGCCAAGGGGAAGAAUAUUAUACAUGAGUCGUUCAAGAGGAUCGACGAUGGUUACAGAGAACAUCAGUUUGCUGUUGGAAAGCAUCUCACAGUUGUUGAUUUCAAUGUCUAUGUCUUUGCACGUUGGGCACAUGAGGUGGACAUUGACUUGGAAAGAGAGUAUCCGUUCUACUAUCAACACUUAAAUAGGAUUGAGGAACUCGAGGGAGUGAGAGACGCAGUAAAGGCAGAGGAGCUGAAUCUCGCAUUUACCUGA